CAUGGGCCCAUAUUUUAUUUUUCAUUUUUAUUAUUCAUUAUUCAUUUCUCAUUUUCUCUCUCUACCCCCGCUCCUAAUCGCUUAUCAUUCUCUCUCUAUACCCCCAGUCCUCACUCUCUCUCUCUAACUCCACUAUGUCGCUCGUCGCUUUUGGCUCAUCUCAUCCCUGUGGCUCCUAAAAUCUUACUUUGAAUCCUAGUAAUACAAAUUUUCUCACUAUUUCUGUGUAGAUUUCUUCUCUUUGUUUGGAAAGUUUUUCAAUGGAGAGCUUGAUUUACAUUUGAUCUUCCAAAAUCAGAUUGUGAACUCUAUGCUUACGAGUUUUUCUCACUCUAUCUGAGCAUAUAUCUUCUCUGUUUGGAAAAAUUGUCAAUCGAAAAGAUUCAUUUACAUUUGAGAUAUAUUCGGUUGUGCUAUUUGAUUUGGGAGUUAAAUCGACAUCUGAUUCGUCGAAACAAGGCAACGAUCAUCGCCGUUAUAUUUUUGUCCACUCGCAGGGGAUCUGUGGGGGAGAGAGAUUCAGCUACAUCUUCCUAUUAUCAUGGUGGUGGUGUCGAGGGGGAUAUUCAACUUCAUCUUCUAGUUACAGUAAUGGUAAAGAGAAGUUUCCAGAAGAUACCAUGGUUUCUAACUCUAAGCUGGUCUCACCUGGCUCAGUUGAUUAUCCUGCUGUUGGGUCAUCAAGAGCUACUGCACCUUUGCAUGACUUGGAUCAAAUUGAUGUGGGGAAGUCCUAUCCUCUUAUUUUCCCAACUGCAAAUGGGAAUGAUAGGCUAACGUGUGGGAAUGUUAAUUUAGCAUCACCUCCACUGAAGCAAAGCUCCUUUAACAGUGGUUAUCCUGUAACUUCUCGUGAACUAUGUCCAACUGGCACUUCUUCUGGUGAAGAAAGUUACAUUGUAAAUAGUCCAUCUUCUCUGAAAAGUGGCUCACUUUCUACUGAAAGAACUAUUGCCAGAGAAGUUCAAUCUUCAAAUAGUGUUGUGACCGGUGAAGGUUCAAAUACGAGUUCUGAUUUUGAGUAUGAACAUUCUUGAUGAGGGGCCACUGCAUGAAGAAUUGCAUGACCCACUAUACUUUGGGCAGUAUUUUCAAGAGGGGUACUGUAAAGCAUCAAUUCAUGAUGACUGAUGUGAAUCAACAGCAGUUCCUGAUGUUGACUGCAGAAGUAGUCCUUGCAACAAGGAGAAAUCUUAUGAAGAUGGGGACAUCGAUGACAUGCUUGGGGGUGUAUUUUCCUUCUCUGGAGAAGGUAAGAAAUCUGAUGGAAUUUACAUAGUUUGAUCAUCUUUAGUUGGAAAAUUGUAUUUGUGUGUCAUCCUCAUUUCUGUUGAAUCUGAUUUUAUAUCACUAUUUUAAGAUGCAUAUCAU